GUCAUUUUGUGUCUUUUUUUGGAUACUGCCUCCAGCUGCCCCCAGGUAAUUUGACUUUGAGACCCCUCUACAGCUCUACAGGGCCGGAAUAAAACAUGUUUUCAUAAAGAGUGCUGAUGAUUUUCUCCAUGUGAGCCUAUAAUUCCAGCUGCUGAAUACAAAAGCAUUCCCACUUGCAGGUGAAGUUUGAAGGUAAACACGAUGCCACCUUAAGCUGACUCCACCUUCAGUGGUCUAAGCUGUAUAAAGAAGCUAGAAUCUGUUUCUCCCUCUCUCACUAAAAGUCUUAUGCAGGAUCCGAUAUCGCCUUCAUCUCAGGAGGGUUGAGCCUGCCGACACAGAGGGCCUUCUAUCCCACAGAGCCCUGGAAGAGAGUCCUGUUCAGCUCCUUCUCCAUCCCCGGCUCCAGCCAUGUACUCUGCAGGUUUGGAGCUCCUCGGGAUGAUCCUGGCGGUGGCGGGCUGGCUGGGGGUGAUGGUGGCGUGCGGCCUGCCCAUGUGGCGUGUAGCUGCCUACAUUGGCCAGAACAUCGUCAUCUCCCAGGUGAUCUGGGAAGGCUUGUGGAUGAACUGCUCGGUGCAGAGCACGGGCCAGAUGCACUGCAAGGUGCACGACUCCAUGCUGGGGCUGCCGCUGGACCUGCAGGCGGCUCGUGCCUUGGUCAUCGUCUCCAUGGUGAUGUGCAUCGUGGGCAUCGGCCUGUCGGUGGCAGGGGCCAAGUGCACCAACUGCAGCCGGGACGUGAGCAGCAAGCCGCGGCUGGUGGUGUCGGCUGGAGUCACCUUCGUGGUGGCCGGGCUGCUACUGCUGGUGGCCGUGUCCUGGACGGCCCACGCCAUCGUCCUGGGCUUCUACGACCCGAUGCUGGAGGAGACGGGGAAGAGGGAGUUUGGUAACGCUCUGUACUUUGGCUGGGCGUCCUCCUGCCUCCUCAUCCUGGGGGGAGCGCUGCUCUGCUGCUCCUGCCCCCCUGCAGCUGCUGCAGCAGCCAGCGGCGGCGGCGGCGGCUCCGUGCCGCCCCGGGUGGAUUACUCUGCUGUCAAGGUGAUGUCAGUCAACGGAUACCCCAGGAGAGACUACGUAUGAACAUGUGACAUGAAGAUAAAAGGACUCAUGUUAGCAUAUUUGUGCAUAGUAGGUGGAUGUUUGGUGGCAGCAGUGCAAAUGCAACAUCAUGAGCUUGGGCAUUAAGUAUUAAUAUCUGAUGCAUGCUUGAUAAUUUGUUUUAUUGUGAGAAUUUUUCUGUAGCAGGAAUAUUAUAUUGCUGUUAACCCUUGUGCCCUCUUUUUUUUUUCCAUUUGUUGAUCAUUUUGGCUGUGUUAGAGCUUGAGGCAUGAAUUUUUGCAGGAACUUUUCUUUUUUUAAAAAGAUGAUGAUGUAUGGUUAUUUAAAAGCAGUUUUAGUGUGCAUGGCCUUUUUUGGCAUAUGGAGUAUCUGGCAUUGCAUAAAAAAUACUAAUGCAAUCAAAUCAAUUUUGUUGCUAAUCUUUGACAUAUCCAAGACUCUAAUCACCACCAAAACCCCAGCUCCCUACUACUUAUUAUAUGGGGAAAAAAUUCAUCUUUUGUGUUUUUUUGGAAGAAAUUAUGAAAAACUUCAAUAUAUUUAAACUGGCAUAUAAAAGGUUAAAAUUCUGAAAAUGAUUUAAUGUUUGGUAGUUUUGAAAAAGUCUGAAGUUGUUUAAGAGAUUUAUGAAAAAAAAAUCUGAAAAAAUAUUGAUAUAUGGUGAUAUUAUAGCAGUUUUAGUGUGCAUGGCCUUUUUUGGCCACGAGGGUCACCAGAGGGAGUAUCUGGCACUACAUAAAAAAUACUAAUGCAAUCAAAUCAAUUUUGUUGCUAAUCUUUGCUUUAUCCAAUGCUCUAAUAACCACCAAAACCCCAGCUCUCUACUAUUUAUUUUAUGGUUUAAAUAAUCAUCUUUUGUGUUUUUUUGGAAGAAAUUAUGGAAAACUUCAAUAUAUAAACUGGCGUAUAAGGGUUAAAAUUCUGAAAAUGAUUGAAUGUUUGGUAGUUUUGAACAAGUCUGAAGCUGUUUAAGAGAUUUAUGGAAAAAAAAAUAUAUUGAUGUAUGGUGAUUUUAUAGCAGUUUUAGUGUGCAUGGCCUUUUUUGGCCACGAGGGUCACCAGAGGGUAGUAUGGAGCAGGAGGGCAUAAGGCUUAAUAUUUUAUUUCAAUUAUUAUUUUUCCUAUUUUACUUUGUUCAGAGAAACAUUAAGAUGAUGUCUGAUCUUAAAUAAAUACUACGUCCAUCCAGAUUACUUGUGAUUAAAGCAAGUUUUUACAAGACUAUAAAU